UGAAUCAUCAUUAUGCUUCCGGCGACAAUCUCGCAUGCUGUGAGGGAGAUCAGCUCAGUGAAAGAUGGCUAGCGGAGGAGGGUCCGUUGCUUCACUGUGGACUGAAGUGAAUCGCUGUGGACAGAAUGGAGACUUCACCAGGGCACUCAAAGCUGUAAACAGAAUUUUGCAUGAGGUUAAGGACGAAGUGACAGCCGUUCACUGUAAGAUAGUGUGUCUGGUGCAGAAUGGCAGCUUCAAGGAGGCAUUGAAUGUCAUGAACAUGUAUUCAAAAGUACUUGGAAGUGACCUUGUUGUUUUUGAAAAGGCUUACUGUGAGUAUCGGUUGAAUAGAGUGGAAAGUGCUCUGAAGACCAUAGAAAGUGUUUCAGAACAGACAGACAAGCUGAAGGAACUCUAUGGUCAAGUGCUGUAUCGUAUGGAGCGCUAUGAGGAGUGCAAGGCCGUGUACACCGACCUGAUCAGGAACUCCCAGGAUGAGUAUGAGGAGGAGAGGAAGACCAACCUAUCGGCUGUGGUGGCAGCUAUGAGCACAUGGGAGAAGGCUUCUCCGGAUGAUCUUGGCCUGUCGGAGACGACAUACGAGCUGAGCUACAAUGCUGCGUGUACUCUUAUUGGUCAAGGCAAGCUCACCGAGGCUCUGAACAAACUACAGGAAGCAGAAGAGCUAUGUCGGGUUUCACUGUCAGAGGAUUCGGAUAUGACCGAGGAGGACAUUGAGUCUGAGCUGGCCGUAAUCCACUCCCAGAUGGCCUAUGUAAUGCAGUUACAGGGUCGGACAGAUGAGGCGCUGCAGCUUUAUAACCAAGUCAUCAAGCUCAAGCCUUCAGACGUGGGACUUUUAGCCGUGACUGCCAACAACAUCAUUACAAUUAACAAGGACCAAAAUGUGUUUGACUCCAAGAAGAAGGUGAAACUGACAAAUGCUGAAGGCGUAGAGUUCAAGCUGGCCAAGAAGCAGCUCCAGGCCAUUGAAUUCAACAAAGCUCUUUUGGCCAUGUACACCAACCAGGCGGACCAGUGCAGGAAGCUGGCGUCGGGCCUCCAGGCCCAGAACCCGGGUCACCCACGGCCCGUUCUGAUACAGGUGGCUCAGCUGUGCAGAGAGAAGCAACACGCCAAGGCCAUCGAGCUGCUCCAGCAUUUCUCAGACAAGCAUCCUGACAGUGCGUCCGGUAUCAAACUGACGAUGGCACAACUCUAUUUGACUCAAGGUCACGUUACAAAAGCAUGUGACAUCUUAAGGUCAAUUGAGGAUUUCAAGCACAAACAAGGGAUGAUCUCAGCUCUGGUAACAAUGUACAGCCAUGAAGAGGACAUUGACAGCGCAAUUGAUGUCUUCAGCCAAGCUAUUCAGUACUACCAAUCUGAGCAGCCGGGUUCCCCUGCUCACUUGGCACUCGUUAGGGAGGCUGCCGAUUUUAAGCUGAAGUACGGACGGAAAAAGGAAGCCAUUAGUGACCUGGAGCAACUGUGGAAGCAAAACACCAAUGACAUCCACACACUGGCGCAACUCAUCUCUGCUUAUUCUUUGGUGGAUCAAGAUAAAGCCAAGUCCCUCAGCAAGCACCUCCCCUCCCCUGAAAGCAUGUCAUUCAAUGUUGAUGUUGAUGAGCUGGAGAAUUCCCACGGAGCCAACUACAUCAGGAAGAAGGCUGCUAAAGUACCGGGAGAUAAUCUGCCCAAAGACCUGGCCCAGGGGGAUGAAAAGAAGAAGAAGAAGAAAAAGAAGGGGUUGCCAGAAAAGCUUUUGAGAGCAACCAGCCAACGCAAAAUGCCCAAGAACUUCGACCCCACGUCAAAACCCGACCCAGAGAGGUGGCUGCCCAUGAGAGAGCGCACCUGCUACCGGGGCAGGAAAAAGGGCAAGAAGAAGGAGCAGGUGGGGAAAGGCACCCAGGGGGCCACGGCAGGAGCCACGUCUGACCUGGACGCCAGUAAGACGGCCAGCAGCCCCCCGAACUCCCCCCGGCCAGGCUCAGCCCAGGCCACUGCCUCGACCUCAGCGCCCACCGCCAGCAACAUGGUCCCUCCACGACAGCAGAAGCCUGCGACGGCCGGGCCGGGGGCACGCAAGAAAGCCCCCCAGAAGAAGAAGAAGGGGGGCAAAGGAGGCUGGUAGCCCGGGCAACAAUGCAGAUAACGGAAGCAAGGCAUCGGUUGCUACAUACGGAGAACCCAGAAUCUUUUUUUUUUUUUUUAAUGAAGAACACGCCAACAACUUUGUCCAUUUUCAUGAGUGUUAGGCCCCAAUGCCCUGCCUACUUCACGUUUUUGUUAAGGAACUAAUGGAAAUGGUUGGAGUGUUGUGGGGUCUCAAGUUAGACUUUAUCCUCCUCUCAAGUAUAUUUAUUUUUAAAGGCCACCAUUGAUCUUGACUAAAGUAAAAAUCCAAUGUUAAAAUUCUUGGUUAGCAGUCUGUAAAAUGCGGAUUGAUUUAGGAACAGUUACCAAUAAUGACAGCAAAAUAUGUUGCCAAAAAGUGACCUGUUGUUGUCUUUAAAUGGGGUUCCUUAACAAUUAAAACUGAUAUCUCCUUGUGUUGUAAAA